GGAGAACAAGUUUCCUAGUAUGGCCUUUUUGUUGCGACAUAUAAGUCGAGGCCUCUCAGAUGCCAUUCCCCUAUCUGCUACCUGUUCUUCGCCAUCUCUAUUCCAUUAUCGCCCUUUCUUUCGAUCUCUACACAUGACUGCCAAAAGAGACACCUCUCACCAGUCUGAUAUCGCUAAAUUGAAGACGGAGGCAGAUGGCUCUUUCAAAAGGGCUGCUUCUGUCUUUAGGCACUUCAUUGAGAAAGGAGGAAAGUUCGAGGCAGAGAGAGACCGUUAUCAUCUUUAUGUCUCGUAUUCUUGCCCUUGGGCUACCAGGACUUUGAUUGUAAGGAAACUCAAGGGUUUGGAAGAUAUCAUACCUGUUACCGUAGUAUCUCCACACAUGGGCAAAGAUGGAUGGCCUUUUGCCAGCGUUGAUGCAUACCCUGGUGCAGACGUAGAUCCUCUUUACAACGCUAGUCAUGUCAAAGAUCUGUAUUUCAAGGCUGAUCCCGACUAUACUGGCCGCUUCACCGUACCAGUUCUUUGGGACAAGAAGAACCACACGAUUGUCAACAACGAAAGCUCGGAAAUCAUCCGCGUGUUCAACACCGCCUUUAACGAUAUCAUCCCAGCAGACAAAGCUGCUAUUGACAUUUACCCUGAAGCUCAUCGUGCAGAAAUUGACUCCAUCAAUGAGUGGGUCUAUGAUACCGUGAACAAUGGCGUUUAUAAAUCUGGAUUCGCGCAGUCCCAGGAAGCUUACGAGAAGGCCGUCGUGCCCCUCUUCAAUUCCCUCGAUCGGCUGGAGAAAAUUCUGACCGGCAAAGACUACCUCGUUGGAAAUACACUGACAGAGGCAGAUGUCAGGCUAUUCGUAACCAUCAUCCGGUUCGACCCUGUGUAUGUUGGCCAUUUCAAGUGCAACAUCCGCACCAUCCGUCAUGGCUAUCCUGCUAUCCAUUCGUGGAUGAAAAAGCUCUACUGGAACAACGAUGCAUUCCAGUCGACGACGAAUUUCGAUCACAUUAAAACGCAUUACUAUUGGUCACAAAUAUUGGUGAAUCCUAGCAGAGUGGUAGCAGUUGGCCCUAUCCCCAAUAUUGAACCGUUGUAGGCAUGAAUGUCUCAACGAUGUUCCUCCACCAUGACCCAUUCAAAUAACUUUACGACCUUAGCUGUAUUAUCACCAAAUUGUCACAUGUGAAUUCAAGAUGUCCUAAAAUCACUUAUUAUCUACUAUUAUCUUUGAUACCUUCCAACCAAGCGAACACGAAGGUAUAGGGUAUUAAGGUUCAAAUGAAAAGUCUGUUGAAAGAUCCAAAAGCGUCAUCAGAAGAACAUCAAAUCAUAAGUAUCACAGAAUAGACGGCAGUAGGUGGAUAUAUAUCGCACUUGUAUUCCGUGUUUUAAAGUAUCAUAAGAGCGCCAACGGUAGAACCGAUCACCAUAAAGGCCGAGGUCAACACCAUACGCUCCCAGCUUGGCAAAUUUGCUGAAUGCAUGGCCGAAGAGCUCCCAGUUGUCGAACUUUGCGAUGUGCUGCCGCCACUGGACGUUGAGGAUACACCAGUGGUGGAAGCAGGAACGCUAGAGGUCGACGUGGCUCCUCCGAUUAAGACGCCCUCACCAUUACUGAUGCUGGUAUACUGAGUGCAACUCGAAGAGGAUGGGAUAGGAUGAGCGGAUGGGGUCGAAGGUUCUCCUUGAUAAAACGUCGACGUGCCAUAAACGCCCAUUGGUUGUGCAGAAUCACCCAAACAUUGCUCAAAAACACCUUCCG